UUGUGACGUAGUAAGCAGGCGACUGCGAGCGAAGCCCGCGUGUUUGUAGGCUGCUGAACUCGCUUACACUGUAUCCGCGUUCCUUCCUUUCGCAGUUUGCACAUUUUUUAAACGCUUAGAUCUUUUUUUUUUGGUUUUUUUUUAGAUCAUGCCCCAAGAUCCCGCACCUCCUCCGGCGAAGAAAUUUAAGCCGGGGUCACCGCUGUUUCGACCUGGGAUGCUUCUGCCUGAAAAGCACAAAUCCGCACCUGUGGAAGUGCAGCGUAAACACCUCCCUAUCCACCAGGCGAGGGAACAGCUAAUCACUCAGCUCCGGCAGCUGCACAGUGCGGUCUUAAUAGGUGAGACGGGCUCAGGGAAGACCACGCAGAUUCCUCAGUACCUGUUCGAGGCGGGCAUCGGGAGGCAGGGCCUAGUUGCCAUCACACAGCCCCGCAGGGUGGCAGCCAUCUCCCUGGCAACAAGAGUGUCCGAGGAAAAGAGGUGUCAGUUAGGAAAACUGGUGGGCUACACGGUCCGGUUCGAGGAUGUCACCUCCGCUGAGACCAAGUUGAAGUUCAUGACGGACGGCAUGCUGCUGCGGGAGGCGAUCGGGGACCCCCUGCUGCAGCGCUACACUGUGGUGAUUCUGGACGAAGCCCACGAGAGGACUGUGCACACAGACGUGCUGUUUGGGGUUGUGAAGGCAGCACAGAAGAAACGCAGGGAGCAGAACAAGUUCUCUUUGAAGGUGAUUAUUAUGUCCGCUACUAUGGAUGUAGACCUGUUCUCCCAGUACUUUAACAACGCUCCUGUGCUGUAUCUGGAGGGGCGACAGCACCCCAUCAAGAUCUUCUACACAAAGCAGCCUCAGACUGACUACCUGCAAGCUGCCCUGGUCUCCCUGUUCCAGAUCCAUCAAGAGGCUCCCUCUUCCCAUGAUAUCCUGGUGUUCCUGACUGGGCAGGAGGAGAUCGAGGCCAUGGCUCGCACCUGCAGAGACAUUGCAAAGCACCUCCCAGACAGCUGUGGGCAGAUGGUAGUGAUCCCACUGUACGCAUCCCUUCCUCACACACAGCAGCUGCGGGUGUUCCACACAGCGCCCGAGGGCUGUCGGAAAGUGAUUCUGUCCACCAACAUCGCAGAGACUUCCAUUACCAUCUCAGGAAUAAAGUUUGUCAUUGAUACAGGGAUGGUAAAAGCGAAACGCUACAACCCAGACAGUGGAUUGGAGGUGCUGGCGGUUCAGAGGGUGUCGAAGGCCCAGGCCUGGCAGCGCACAGGGAGGGCUGGGCGGGAGGACAGUGGGGUGUGUUACCGGCUCUACACCGAAGACCAGUUUGACCAGUUCAGCAACAUGACCGUGCCAGAGAUCCAGAGGUGCAACCUGGCCAGUGUGAUGCUGCAGCUACUGGCCCUGCGGAUUCCCAAUGUGCUUACCUUCGACUUCAUGUCCAAACCAUCUCCAGAGGCUGUUCGAGCGGCCAUUGAGCAGCUAGAUUUAUUAGGUGCUGUUGAACGCAUGGAUGACCAGGUGACUCUCACACCAAUGGGAAAGAAAAUGGCUUCCUUUCCUCUGGAACCCAGGUUUGCGAAGACAAUCCUGCUGUCCCCGGAGUUCCACUGCACAGAGGAGGUGUUGACCAUCGUGUCCCUGCUCUCGGUGGACAGCGUGCUCUAUAACCCCCCCUCGCGCCGCGAUGACGUGCUGUCCGUCCGCAGGAAAUUCAUCUCCAACGAGGGAGACCACAUGACCCUGCUCAACAUCUACUGGGCCUUCAAAAACGUCAAGGGCAGUAAGGAGUGGUGUCGAGAGAAUUUUGUGAACAGCAGGAACAUGGCUUUGGUGUCGGAGGUCCGAUCCCAGCUGAGAGAAACCUGUGUGAAGCUGGGAAUGGCGAUGGAGUCGUCUCGCACAGACACGGCCAACAUCCGCCGCUGCCUGGCACACGGGCUCUUCAUGAACGCUGCCGAGCUGCAGCCAGAUGGUUCUUACUGCGCUCUGCACACCCACCAGCUGGUCUCCAUCCACCCUUCCUCGGUGCUGUUCCAGGGCAAGCCUGCCUACGUGGUGUUCAAUGAGCUGCUGCACACCUCCAAGUGCUACAUGAGGGACCUGUGCCUGGUGGACCCAGACUGGCUGCACGAUGCGGCACCCCAAUACUUCUGCAGGAAACUCAGACUGCUCAAGAGCUAGUUUUCAAGAGCGCAGCCUUGGGAUUAGCUCUUCCGCAGCUGUCGGUCCUGAAACGGUCCUGAAAUGAAACGUGGACCCCCGUUUAGGGGGUCAAAGAGUUUCUCCAGCAGAAGACCUGCGUUUGUGUGGCGUCAAGAACAGUUGUUUUGUUUUACAGGAAUUCGGGUGUUCUUACAGGAGUUUCUACUGAUGCACAAUCCAGGCACCUGCGCUUUUCUUUUUUUUUUUCUUGAUUUGAAAUCUGACUAAUUAAAAGGAAUUCAUCGGAUUACUAUCUGAACCCUGUUUUUGGGCAGGUACGAGGAAGUGGUCAAAAUCGUAUUUAGUCAGGUAACAAUUUUGUAAUACAGUAAAUACGUGUUACACUCUUUGACGCUCAUCAUAAAAAAGGCAAUGCCCAAUUAUUUUAUGUAUAGGGAAGGAUUUUCCCUGUAGAGAUAACAGGAUUGGCUUUUAAACCCCAGCAAGAGUAAUUUGCCACAGUUAGAAAAUGUCUAGUUGAGGUGAUGAAGGACUUGGGGACUGGACGGAAGCCCUCUUAUGCAGGUGUGAUGUAAGAUAACUGGAAGCCACUCCCUGUUCUUAACCAUGUGUUUAAGUGUCGUGUUCAGACUGGCUAUAACUCCUGGCUCCAAAGAGAAUAACUAGUUGAAGAUUUACUUCUAGUAGUGCUUCUAUCCCUUUGGUACUUCCGAACAGGAUCGUUUACUGUGCCAGAACUGAGCUGUAAAAUAAACAGGGGUUACCUCAAAAUGUAUUGCCUCUUUAGGAAAUAUACCACUGAUAUCUAAUGUCUAAGCCAUGUACAGUACUGCUAGACAGACAGUUUUUUUUAUUAAUACAGCUGCUGUUAAUCCAGUCUUUUUAUUUUAUUUCCCUAAUGUUUGUAAAGUUUAGUAUUAGAGUAUCAAGUGAUAGAUUGCAUGGAAUUGUGGCAGCUAUUCAAAAUGCAUAUAUAUAUAUAUAUAUAUAUAUAUAUAUAUAUAUAUAUAUAUAUAUAUAUAUAUAUAUAUAUAUAUAUAUAUAUAAAAUAAUUCUGUAGCCGUUGGUAUUGCUAAUAGAGAAAGAAAAAGCAUGCCACUAGGGACCAGAACAUGCACAGAGUCCUGGGUUCAUCCUCAUUUCUACAUGCAGGCAGUACUUGCAGGUUGUCUAAGACAGGGGCAGACUGGCUGUUCCAUGGCAGCUCAGUGUUCCAAACUGUGUUCUGAACUGUUUCAUUUAACCACUUCAUCUCUGUCCUAUUUCAGCUGUUACAUUUGACAUAUUUGACCUGGAAUGUGAUGGCCCUGCAGGGCUGUAAUUGGGCUUCCCUGGUUUGAAGUCUUGAAAGUCAGAUGGAACCAGCCCCCAGCAGAUUGUAAAGAGUUUAAAUGACUACUUAUUUGUAUCUUCCUGUGUUGUAGGUCAUUUUGAAAGUCUGUCUGUAAUCCCAUUGUCUCAGUCUGGGUUUGGUGAGGAGGAAGUGUAAUAGCGAAAUAAAAUGUAUAAAAAUAAGAGAACCCCCUGAUAAGAUUGCUAAUUCUGCUAAGAGUACAUAAGAUGGAUUUUAGGAUCUUGGGUAGGACUCCAUUCAUGUGAAUGACAAUCCAGGGCCAUUCCUAUUAACGGUAGUUACAGUGUUCGAUCAGACUGCCAAAACAUAUCAAAGUGUAUACUCUCAGGACGAAAAUAAAUAGCUAAUUUGUUGUAUUAAAAAGGAAACAAAACCAGGUUAACAAUACAGGUAACACCUCUGUUUACAAGGUGGAGUGUACAUUAUAGGACAGUGGGUCGUGUUUCCGCAGUCCCUCCCGGACCUCAAGAAUACAAACGUAAACCUGUGAUUUCAAGAAAACGCGUUGGUUGUAAUUGGAUGAUCUUGAUGGCACAAUAGAAGAUUGGAAAGCUAACCCGUAUCGGUUACGGCACCAUUCACAAUGGAUUACAAUAAUGCACGGGUUGGAACGGGACUUUUGGAACAGUGCGUAUUACACGUGUGUUGUGCGGACUGGUGCAAGAGUGACGCCAUAAAUCACCAUGCAAUUGAACUGGUACAGCUCUUUACAAGCAGCACAGAAUGAAGCACGCUUUUAUAAAAUAUUCCCUUUAUAAUAAAGACAAUAUUUCCACACCACUUGGCUGUAUUGUGUCAU